AUGGUUCCAGUCAUUGUUGUAGUUAUUUAUGCUCCUUACAUUCCAGCAUGUAUCCUUACAUUGAAAGAUCUUGUCACCACAAUUGCUGCAAAGUUGCAGCAAAGCCUGUCAGAGGGUAAUGAAUUGUAUGGGAGGAAGAGUAAUCGUGUAUACCCAUGCAAAAUAGUAAAAGUUCUGGAGAGCAAGGCUGACAAAACUCUAUAUGAGGUAGUGUGGCUUGGCAAAGAUAAGAAAAUAACUGGAAAUGCUGUAAUAAGUGGAGAUGAUUUGGUGAGAAAGUUGCCUUUUACUAGAGCUGUUCUGAAGUCUUUUAUUAGGGAAUCUACAUAUCGAAGUGUUCCGUGGGUACUACAUGAGAACUUGGCCCGAAAGCAUGGAAUCUCAACUAAUCCUCCAGAAGUGUUAAGGAGCAAAAUUUUCUUACAGGAUGGGCAUAUAGUCUGCAAUAGGAAGAGAAGAAAAACUGAGGAUGAUAAACAAAGUACCGAUGAUGGAAAUAAUGAUGAUUUAAGAGAACAUAAGCAGAAAAGACUGCGUGGGGAAAAAUCUGAGGCUUUAAACACUCUGAAUGCUGACAAAGAAGAUGAUAAACUGAAAGGAAAGCCCAUAAAAUAUCCAAUUGAGGAUCUGUUGGUUGAAGCUGCUGCAGACGAUCCCAUUUUCACUGAACGCCCUUCUCCAUCUAGGGACUUCAAUGUUCCGAUGGAUUGUGUGGGGGAUCUUUUGAUGGUCUGGGACUUUUGUACUUCUUUCAGCAGGCUGUUGCACCUGUGUCCAUUCUCACUUGAAGAUUUUGAAAAUGCUCUUUGCCACAAAGGCAGCAAUUCGAUUCUCAUUGUGGAAUCUCUUUCUGCUCUUCUUCGCUUGCUUAUAAAAGAUAAUGGCGAUUAUUUUUUGGCUAUUCAGAAGAAAAAGCGGAAGUCAAAGAUUACUGUAAUCACUUGGACAGAGUAUUUGUGUGACUUCUUGGAAAUGGUUGGUUUUGUGGAAUUAUCCACUUGCAUCACGACAAUUAAGCGAGGUCAUUAUGGCCUUUUAGAUAUUUGUGCUAAAUUGGGAAUCUUUCGGGAAUUGGUUAAUCAAGCUCUUGCAGCAGAUAUUGUUAGGGAGAAGUUGGAUAAGUAUAUUGAAGAGCGGCAGGCACUUGCAGCGACAAGAAGGGAGGUAGCAUUGGAGGAAGGUAGAAAGAAAAGAGAAGAAAAAGAACGUUUGAAGGUGGAGUCUGAUGGCAAUGGAAUGGUGAAAGGGCAUGGUGCGGAGGUUGUUGGAACCAGCUCAAGUGAACCAGUGAAUCACAAUCAUAGUAGACAAAAUGGGCAUGUUGCAGAGAAACAGAAUGAAAAAUCCCUCUCUUCCGGGCAGAAGCAUCCAUCAAGAAAUAGUGGGAAUAACCAUGUAAGCGUUACAUUGAAGAAUAUAAAGCAGCAGAAGGUAGAUGUGAAAGUUGUGCUGGAAAAUGAUUCAUCUGAGAAUGGGGUUCGGAAACAGCUCAAGGACGAGAACAAUGAAGCAAUUGAAAAGAGAAGUAAAGCACAAAGGAAAGAUUAUCUUGAACGGGAGAUGGAGAAGAGAUUCAUACGCACCAGCCCAUUUGGGAAAGAUAAAUAUCAUAACAGGUAUUGGUUUUUCCGACGAGAUGAGAGAAUAUUUGUUGAGAGCUCAGACUCCACAGAGUGGGGCUAUUACAGUGCCAAGGACGAGCUUGAUGCUUUGAUGGGUUCACUAAACACAAAAGGGGAGAGAGAGAGAGCUCUUAAAAAACAGCUGGGAAAAUACUAUACCAAUAUAUGCUCGGAACUACAAAAGAGAUCGAAGGAGGCAGCUUAUAGGAGUGCAAUGGAAGACUCUCUGCUUCGGAGGUCAAAUCGAGUUCGUGCUCCACCAAGGGAAAAUCCUGCUCUGGCUUUCCUUAAGUAUGUCAACAAGUGGAAGGAAGACUAAUUGGCACUUUCAAUCUUGAAUACUGGGUUUUACAAAGGUUUGCAACUAACCAUUACUUGGAACUGGUCGCAGGAGUAGAUAUUCUUUUUCCCCACAAUUAAAGAGCCUAUUAAUUAUAGUCUCUUGCGGGACAAUUUUGGUGGUGAGUAAUGGAACAUUUUUCACUUCUUGCCUUCGGUGGUGGCACAUAUGUAGUAGCAAUAGUCUCAAUUUUUGUAACUGACAUUGUUUGGGCUUGCCAAAUUAUAAUCCCAUGACAAUUCCAAAAGAAAAUC